CACCCCCCGGGCCCCUUCUGCUCUCUCCGAGUCCCCCGUGGGGGUGGGGGAAGGGGAAUGACGACCAGCCCGUCUUGCCAGGGCCGAGAGACGCUUCUCGUCACCGUCGCCUGAAUGGUGUGAGGCGGCGGCUUCUCCUCGACAGCACAGUACAGCAGCGGCGGCGCUUCUUUCUCCCGGCAGGUUUAAAAGAAUUGAGAAGCCAUGGGGGCGUUUUUAGACAAGCCAAAGAUGGAAAAACAUAAUGCCCAGGGGCAUGGUAAUGAACUCCGUUACGGGCUCAGUAGCAUGCAAGGUUGGCGAGUUGAGAUGGAAGAUGCACAUACGGCUGUGAUUGGUUUGCCAAAUGGACUUGAUGGGUGGUCGUUCUUUGCUGUUUAUGAUGGUCACGCUGGUUCCCAGGUUGCCAAAUACUGCUGUGAGCAUUUGCUGGACCACAUCACAAGCAACCAGGAUUUCAAAGGGACUGAUGGACAGCCGUCUGUGGAAAGUGUAAAAAACGGAAUCAGAACAGGUUUUCUUCAAAUUGAUGAACAUAUGAGAGUCAUUUCUGAGAAGAAACAUGGUGCCGAUAGAAGCGGGUCAACAGCAGUGGGUGUUAUGCUUUCUCCUCAUCACAUUUAUUUUAUCAACUGUGGAGACUCAAGAGGAUUACUUUGUAGAAGCAAGAAAGUUCAUUUCUUCACACAGGAUCACAAACCGAGCAAUCCACUUGAGAAAGAGCGUAUACAAAAUGCUGGUGGCUCUGUGAUGAUCCAGCGUGUAAAUGGGUCACUUGCAGUUUCAAGGGCUCUAGGUGACUUUGAUUACAAAUGUGUCCAUGGAAAAGGCCCCACAGAGCAGCUUGUAUCACCAGAGCCUGAAGUGUAUGAAAUUGAGCGGUCAGAAGAAGACGACCAGUUUAUAAUUCUGGCCUGUGAUGGUAUCUGGGAUGUCAUGGGAAAUGAAGAGCUGUGCGAAUUUGUAAGGUCCAGACUAGAAGUUACUGAUGACCUUGAAAAAGUUUGUAAUGAAAUCGUAGACACCUGUCUAUACAAGGGAAGCCGAGACAACAUGAGUGUUAUAGUGAUCUGUUUUCCAAGUGCUCCAAAAGUGUCACCAGAGGCAGUGAAGAGGGAAGCGGAUUUGGACAAAUACCUGGAAAGCAGAGUAGAAGAGAUCAUAAAGAAGCAGGGUGAAGAAGGUGUACCAGACUUAGUCCAUGUGAUGCGUGCGUUAGCCACUGAGACCAUCCCUAACCUCCCACCAGGGGGUGAAUUGGCAAGCAAGCGGAGUGUGAUCGAAGCGGUUUACAACAGGCUGAAUCCAUAUAGAAAUGAUGACACUGACUCUGCAUCAACAGAUGACAUGUGGUAAAUAUAUCCGUUUAGCAAUGGAGUUUACAUCCAUCCUCAAUGAACAUACAGCCCAACCUCAGUGAUCCUUCUUAGCAUCCAUCCUGAACCUUUUUCAUUUAAAGAAGGGAAUUUGAUGUGGAUGAGCUUGAUGAAAACAAUAAAACAGUCAAAUGGCCCCUGACUAUUGUACUGUUUUUUUCCCUAAUACUUUCUCUACGCAUAUAUUUUCUUUUUGUAAAAUUGAAUUUUAUGUUAAAGUACUUUCAAACAAUACAUGUUGUAAAUCAGACUCCAGCAAAUUCUGUUGUAUGAUUUUUUUAUUCCCCUUUUUUGUAAAGUGCAAUUGUCCUUGUACAAAUUGUCAUAUUUAAUUAUGGACUGCAAAUUUCUCUAAAGGUUAUAGGAAGUCUAGCUUGUUAUGUGAUGCAACCAAUAAUCUAACCGAUACAUUCAUGUGGUGGUUUUAGAUUGGACAUAAAGCAGCAACAUAACCAGCUUGGGGUCCCUAUUCAAUUGUUUAUAGAAUUGUAACAUUAGUGUACAGUGUUUCUUUUUUUUUUUUUGGACAAAGAACAGCUUUCAGUUCUGUCAAAAUUAAUUUUGGAUGGCAACAAGAUGAUUAGCGAAAUUUCGAUGAUAAAUUUUGACAAGCGCAGUCUAAGAACAAAUCUACACCAAGAUUUAAACACUCACAUCCGUUCACUAUUAAUCAGUUUGUGUUGUAAUUUUUUUUUGUUGAUAACUACACUGGCUGGGUCUGUUGCUGCUACAGAGAGUUCUGAAUUCCAUGUUAUCAAUAAAGCUUGAUUUGACAAACACUCA